GGCAGCUGCUUAGGCGUCUCGGUGCGUGUGGGAGGAACAUGGCCGACCGCCUCACGCAGCUGCAAGACGCCGUGAACUCGCUCGCAGAUCAGUUUUGUAAUGCCAUCGGAGUACUGCAGCAAUGUGGGCCUCCUGCCUCCUUCAGCAAUAUCCAGACAGCAAUCAACAAAGACCAGCCGGCUAACCCUACAGAAGUGAGGGGCAGCAAGACUGUCCCAUCAGGCAGCUUGUGGUCAUCCCAUCAGGCCGCCAGCUUAUAUAAGCUAGAAGAAGAAAACCACGAGGCGGCCACGUGCCUGGAGGAUGUGGUUUACCGAGGCGACCUGCUUCUGGAGAAGAUCCAGAGCGCGCUCGCUGACAUCGCGCAGUCGCAGCUGAAGACCCGCAGCGGCUCCCACAGCCAGGCGCUCCCGGACUCCUAGCGCCCGGAGGCUGGUGCUGGAGCAAGGACUGUUUUAAUGCAUUAUGAAUUCUGCAUCAUCAGAUUAAAUACAAGCCUUACCAACAGUUAGGGAAACAUACACUAUAAUACUUGUUACCUUUUUAGCUAUUUUAUUAAUCUUCUAUUUUCACUCUUGAUAAAUAAGCAUACAAAAUUGUAAUUGAACCAGCUUUAAACCAUCACUAUGCUUUCAGUUUUUUACCUGAAUGAAAUUAUUAAAAGAUACUGCAUUAAUGUUCAUAAUAUAGUUAAACAGACACCCUACAAAGCUCUGUCUUUUUUCUUGCCGUGGAUAGAACCUCCAGGCCUAGCAGAAGCUGGGCAAGCUGUUUGCUGCAGUUACACCACCAGCCACAAGUUGUGUCUUAUUUCUGCAGUCCUUUCACAAUCCACAACAUCCCUCGAGCGGGAGGUAUGGGAUAUUUUGGUCUAUAUUGGUAUCCUUCAGAUACCCUUAGGAGGUAGCAUUUUAUGAAUAUGGAACUUUAAGCAAGUUUCUCAAACUGUUGCUUUUAAGAAGCACAAGGAAGGCUCUUCCCUUGCUAACUUGCUGCCUUCUGCUGCCAUGAGCUGUUGCCCCCUCUGCCGUGUGCCACCCUCCCUUGGAGCCAGCUGACUGGACUGAAACUGUACAAACCGUGAGCUGAGUACACCUUCCCUUCCUUAGAAAGGAAAGAAAAGGAAGAUGGGUGUAUGUAG